AUGGCAAGAACCAAGCAGACCGCUCGUAAAUCCACUGGAGGAAAAGCUCCAAGGAAGCAGCUCGCCACUAAAGCUGCCCGUAAGAGUGCACCGGCCACCGGCGGCGUCAAGAAGCCUCACCGCUACAGGCCCGGUACCGUGGCUCUGAGAGAGAUCCGCCGUUAUCAGAAGUCCACUGAGCUGCUGAUCCGCAAACUGCCCUUCCAGCGUCUGGUGAGAGAAAUCGCUCAGGAUUUUAAGACUGAUCUGCGUUUCCAGAGCUCUGCCGUCAUGGCCCUGCAGGAGGCCAGCGAGGCUUAUCUGGUGGGUCUGUUUGAGGACACAAACCUGUGCGUGGUAGAAUCUGUGAUCAUGUCUGGAAGAGGCAAAGGUGGUAAAGGACUGGGAAAAGGAGGCGCUAAGCGUCACCGUAAAGUUCUGCGUGAUAACAUCCAGGGAAUCACCAAACCCGCUAUUCGCCGUCUCGCUCGCCGUGGCGGAGUCAAGCGUAUCUCUGGCCUGAUCUAUGAGGAGACCCGCGGUGUUCUGAAGGUGUUUCUGGAGAAUGUGAUCCGUGAUGCUGUUACAUACACCGAGCACGCCAAGAGGAAGACCGUGACUGCCAUGGAUGUUGUGUACGCACUGAAACGGCAGGGACGCACUCUGUACGGAUUCGGCGGUUAAAUUUCUACGAUUGAUCCA